AUGGUCCGGCUCCUCUUGGUUUUUUUCCCAGCGAUCUUUUUGGAUAUGUCCCUUCUUCCCAGGGGACCCGGUAGGAAAGUGUUGCUGGCGGGAGCCUCGUCUCAGCGCUCGGUGGCCAGAAUGGACGGAGAUGUCAUCAUUGGGGCCCUCUUCUCAGUCCACCACCAGCCCCCGGCAGAGAAGGUGCCCGAGAGGAAGUGUGGAGAGAUCAGGGAGCAGUAUGGCAUCCAGAGAGUGGAGGCCAUGUUCCAUACAUUGGAUAAGAUUAACGCGGACCCGGUCCUCCUGCCCAAUAUCACUCUGGGCAGUGAGAUCCGGGACUCCUGUUGGCACUCCUCUGUGGCUCUGGAGCAGAGCAUCGAGUUCAUCAGGGACUCUCUGAUUUCCAUUCGAGAUGAAAAGGAUGGGCUCAACCGGUGCCUGCCUGACGGCCAGUCCCUCCCCUUAGGCAGGACUAAAAAGCCUAUCGCUGGUGUGAUCGGCCCAGGCUCCAGCUCCGUAGCCAUUCAAGUGCAGAACCUGCUCCAGCUCUUCGACAUCCCCCAGAUUGCCUAUUCUGCCACAAGCAUCGACUUGAGUGACAAAACUUUGUACAAAUACUUCCUGAGGGUUGUCCCUUCUGACACUUUGCAAGCAAGGGCAAUGCUUGACAUAGUCAAACGUUACAAUUGGACCUAUGUCUCUGCAGUCCACACAGAAGGGAAUUAUGGGGAGAGCGGAAUGGAUGCUUUCAAAGAGCUGGCUGCCCAGGAAGGCCUCUGCAUCGCCCAUUCAGACAAAAUCUACAGCAAUGCUGGGGAAAAGAGCUUUGACCGACUCCUGCGCAAGCUCCGGGAGAGGCUUCCCAAAGCCAGAGUGGUGGUCUGCUUCUGCGAAGGCAUGACGGUCCGAGGCCUCCUGAGUGCCAUGAGGCGCCUGGGCGUCGUGGGAGAGUUCUCGCUCAUUGGAAGUGAUGGAUGGGCAGACAGAGAUGAAGUCAUUGAAGGUUAUGAGGUGGAAGCCAACGGGGGAAUCACAAUAAAGCUGCAAUCUCCAGAGGUCAGGUCAUUUGAUGAUUAUUUCCUGAAGCUGAGGCUGGACACUAAUACAAGGAAUCCCUGGUUCCCUGAGUUCUGGCAACAUCGGUUCCAGUGCCGCCUACCAGGACACCUUCUGGAAAAUCCCAACUUUAAAAGAAUCUGCACAGGCAAUGAAAGCUUAGAAGAAAACUAUGUCCAGGACAGUAAGAUGGGGUUUGUCAUCAAUGCCAUCUAUGCCAUGGCUCACGGGCUGCAGAACAUGCACCACGCCCUCUGCCCAGGCCAUGUGGGCCUCUGUGAUGCCAUGAAGCCCAUCGACGGCAGCAAACUCCUGGACUUCCUUAUCAAGUCCACGUUCAUCGGUGUGUCUGGAGAGGAGGUGUGGUUUGAUGAGAAAGGGGAUGCUCCUGGAAGGUAUGAUAUCAUGAAUCUGCAGUACACAGAAGCUAAUCGCUAUGACUACGUACAUGUUGGAACCUGGCACGAAGGCGUGUUGAACAUCGAUGAUUACAAAAUCCAAAUGAACAAGAGUGGAGUGGUACGGUCUGUGUGCAGUGAGCCUUGCUUAAAGGGUCAAAUUAAGGUCAUACGGAAAGGAGAAGUGAGUUGCUGCUGGAUUUGCACGGCCUGCAAAGAGAAUGAAUACGUGCAAGAUGAAUUCACCUGCAAAGCCUGUGACUUGGGGUGGUGGCCCAGUGCAGAUCUAACAGGCUGUGAACCUAUUCCUGUGCGCUAUCUUGAGUGGAGCAACAUAGAAUCCAUCAUAGCCAUCGCCUUUUCCUGUCUGGGCAUACUUGUCACCUUGUUUGUUACCCUCAUCUUUGUGCUGUACCGAGACACACCAGUGGUCAAAUCCUCCAGUCGGGAGCUCUGCUACAUUAUCCUAGCUGGCAUCUUCCUUGGUUAUGUGUGCCCUUUUACUCUCAUUGCCAAACCUACCACCACAUCCUGCUACCUCCAGCGCCUUCUGGUUGGCCUCUCCUCUGCCAUGUGCUACUCUGCUUUAGUGACCAAAACCAACCGAAUUGCACGCAUCCUAGCUGGCAGCAAGAAGAAGAUCUGCACCCGGAAGCCCAGGUUCAUGAGUGCCUGGGCCCAAGUGAUCAUUGCCUCAAUUCUGAUUAGUGUGCAGCUAACCCUGGUGGUAACCUUGAUCAUCAUGGAGCCCCCCAUGCCCAUCCUGUCCUACCCAAGUAUCAAGGAAGUCUACCUUAUCUGCAAUACCAGCAACCUGGGUGUGGUGGCCCCUCUGGGCUACAAUGGACUCCUCAUCAUGAGCUGUACCUAUUAUGCCUUCAAGACCCGCAAUGUGCCCGCCAACUUCAAUGAGGCCAAAUAUAUUGCCUUCACCAUGUACACCACCUGCAUCAUCUGGCUAGCUUUUGUGCCCAUUUACUUUGGGAGCAACUACAAGAUCAUCACCACCUGCUUUGCAGUGAGCCUCAGCGUAACGGUGGCCCUGGGGUGCAUGUUCACUCCCAAGAUGUACAUCAUUAUUGCCAAGCCUGAGAGGAAUGUCCGCAGUGCCUUCACCACCUCUGACGUAGUCCGCAUGCAUGUUGGCGAUGGCAAGCUGCCCUGCCGCUCCAACACUUUCCUCAACAUUUUCCGAAGAAAGAAGCCAGGGGCAGGGAAUGCCAAUUCUAAUGGCAAGUCUGUGUCAUGGUCUGAACCAGGUGGAAGACAGGUGCCCAAGGGACAGCACAUGUGGCACCGCCUCUCUGUGCACGUGAAGACCAAUGAGACGGCCUGCAACCAAACAGCCGUCAUCAAGCCCCUCACUAAAAGUUACCAGGGCUCCGGCAAGAGCCUGACCUUUUCAGAUACCAGCACCAAGACCCUUUACAACGUGGAGGAGGAGGAUGCCCAGCCGGUUGGCUUCAGCCCUCCCAGCAGUCCUUCUAUGGUGGUGCACCGACGCGUGCCACCCGCGGUGAGCACCCCGCCUCUGCCGCCCCACUUGACCACAGAGGAGACCCCCCUCUUCCUGGCAGAACCGGCCAUCCCCAAGGGCUUGCCCCUUCCCCUCCAGCAGCCACCACAGCCACAGAAAUCCCUGAUGGACCAGCUACAGGGGGUGGUCAACAAUUUCAGCCCCGGGAUCCCAGAUUUCAAUGCGGUGCUCGCAGUCCCCGGGGGCCCGGGGAACGGGGUGAGCUCGCUGCACCCGCCCCCGGCGCCCCCGCAGCACCUGCAAAUGCUCCCACUGCAGCUGAGCACCUUCGGGGAGGAGCCCGCCUCCCCGCCAGCAGAAGACGAGGACGAGGACGACAGCGAGAGGUUCCAGCUCCUCCAAGAGUACUUGUAUGAGCGGGAAGGGAACACGGAGGAAGAUGAACUGGAAGAGGAAGACGAGGGCCUGCAGGCGGCCAGCAAGCCGGCCCCCGAGGAUUCGCCCGCUCUGACGCCUCCGUCGCCUUUCCGCGACUCGGUGGCCUCGGGCAGCUCGGUGCCCAGCUCCCCCGUGUCCGAGUCGGUGCUCUGCACCCCUCCCAACGUGACCUACGCCUCGGUCAUCCUGAGGGACUAUAAGCAAAGCUCUUCCACCCUGUAG